UCAAGUUGGUUUUUAUUUAUAGUGAGUUUAGUUAUAUUUUAUCAUUAAGAUUGAAAUUUACUGAAAGUAGCAUAAAUAUUUUUCUUUGAAAAGAAUAAUUAGCAUAGAUAUUAUGAUCAUACUCUAUAUUACCAUAAAUGCUGAGUGGUACUAGUGGUACAUGUGAACGGGGUGAUAGUAACUGACAAUAAAUAAGUAAAAAGAAAUAAAAAUGCCUCGAAGAAAAGUCGAUCCUGGUUUCAGUGAAGCUCGAUCCGAUAAUCUACCUCGUGUUGAUGCUUUUAUGGUCGCAUCUUACUUAGCUACUAAUUCCAAUUUUGUAUCUGCAGAAAUGCAAGGCGCAAAAGCUAACCUAUCCGGAAGACAGUCGUAUGGAGAUGCUGCUAUUGAAUUUGUUCAACUAAAACUUCAUGGACUAGAAUGUACUCUAAAAUGUCUUAUUUGUCCUGAGCACAGAGUACACAAUAAAUCAUAUCGAGUGACUCUUGUUUUAAAUAUUGUUGAGGAAAAGAUUUUAUCGAUUCAAUGUCAUGAUUGUGCCGCAUCGUCAGGUGGAUGCAAGCAUGCGAUUGCUUUUAUAAUGUGGCUACACAGAAGAUCUGAAGAACCAUCACCGACGGAUAUUGAAUGUUAUUGGCGAAAAUCAGUUCUAUCUCAAGUUGGAUCAUCAAUAAAAUUCAUUAUGGUAAAAGAUUUUGCCAGUACUGAAGAAUCGAUUGUUUUGAAUAAACCUUUUAAUGCAUUAGAAGAAUUUGUAAAAAGAACAAAUCAAAAAACUGUACAGAGUCAAAUUUUAAAAUACUUCAAUGAUGUAAAUAACGAGCAAAGUCUUUCGAUUCAUAAUUUAUUAGUAAAUUUUAUUAAUGAAGGAGGAACAUCUUAUGAUGAAUUUUUAACAUUGAGCAAAAGUCGAAUGUCAAAAGAUUUGUGUGAGCGAAUUGAAAAAAUGACUCAAGAUCAAGCAAACUGUGAGCUCUGGUUUACAUUGCGCUACGAACGAGUUACUGCAUCAAAGGCAUAUGAAGCAUCACGUUGUAAUACACCGAAUGGAAUUUUAGUGGAGUUGUUGGUCGGUGGUAAAAAAUUGCGGGAUACAAAAGCUAUGGAACGAGGCAAAAAAAUAGAAGCAAUGGUUUUACAACAAGUUGAACAGAAGAUGAAAAAAAAGUUAAAUAAAUGUGGUUUAUUUCUAUCUGAAAAAUAUCCUUAUCUAGGAGCUUCACCUGAUGCUAUUGACGACGAAUUUGUUAUUGAAAUUAAAUGCCCAACGUCAGACAAAAGUGCUCGUACAUAUAUUGAUACUAAUAAUUACGAUAAAGUAGCAAUGAAGUACAUAACGCAAAUGCAAAUGGAAAUGCUUUUUGCCGGAAGAAAAAAAGCGAUGUUUGUUGUUGCAGACCCGAACUUCGAAGAUACAAAAGCAUUUAAAUCUAUUAUUAUUAAUUACGACUCACAAUUAAUUAAUAAAUUAUUGGAAGAUUUGAGUAAAUUUUGGAAGAAAUGUAUUUUUAAACGAUUAUUUAAUUCUUUAUACAAAACAGAGCAAUAAAAUAAGAUCAAAAACGUAUUAUUUUAAGACACUUGUAUGUUUUGAAUGUUAAUAGAUAUAUACAUAAGCUUAUU